AUGGCCACAAUAUCUUGGGUAGUGAGUGGGGCAGUUAAGGUGCUGACUGUGAAUUCUGGACGGAGAAACCGGCCUUCUCCCAAGCGCAUAAAUUGCAUUAAUGAGACAAAUCAGACAGAUAUCUACUUUAUUAUUACGGGUAUUUCUGAAGCCCCAGAGCUUCAAGCUUUGAUUUUCCUGCUGGUUCUUUUCAUUUAUCUCUUCAUUCUGGGUGGAAAUAUGACUAUUGUUGUACUGGUCUGCCUGGACCCUCAGCUUCACACUCCCAUGUACUUCUUUCUGUGUAACCUGUCCACCUUGGACAUAUUCUCAAGCACAGUCACACUGCAUAAGAUCCUUAUUAGCUUCCUGACAGGAGAUAACACAUUGUCUUUAUAUGCGUGUAUGUCUCAGAUGUUCAUCUUCAUAUCUCUAGUGUGCAAUGAGCUGAUGCUGCUGUCAGCAAUGAGUUACGAUCGUUUUGUUGCUGUCUGUAAGCCCUUGCAUUAUUACACAGUCAUGAGCCCUUGUUUAUGUUCUUCUCUGGCCAGUGCCUGUUGGGCUUCAGGUUUUGUAGAAUCUCUUCCUCUUUUUGUUUUAAUUUCCAGGUUUUCUUGUUAUAAAUCAAGAGAAAUAAACCAUUUUUUCUGUGAUAUUGUGCCCAUCAUGAAACUGACUUGCAGUGACACUUCACUCUCCAACCUCUUGAUUUUUAUCUGUGGAACUUUCCUUUCCAUCUUCCCAUUUCUCUUUACCUUCAUUCCUUACAUAUUUAUUAUCCAGACCAUACUGAGCAUUCGUUCAGGUGCAGGAAAGCAUAAAGCCUUCUACACAUGUUCCUCGCACCUCACAGUGGUCAUUCUACUCUAUGUGACCCUCAUCUGUCAGUACCUAAGACCAACCUCAAUGGACACUUUGGAAUCUAGCAAGCUUUUCUCUUUAUUUAAUACAGCUGCUGUCCCCAUGCUUAACCCACUGAUCUAUAGCUUGAAAAAUAAAGACGUAAAAUCUGCACUGAAGCGUUGGUGGUUUCAGUUGACCACUUGUAGUGUUCGAGGCAAACACUCUGAAGUUGACAACAGAUACAGUAAGAGCAAAGCUUUACAGUUUCAGGAACGUGUGCCUUGUAAAUCUUGUGCUGAGACAGCUGCAUUGCAAGCAGAGUGA